AUCAAGUGAGUGUGACAACAACUCGCCAUUAGUGAUGACUAGAGAAUACACAAUCAAAAUGAAAACCAUUGUCCUGUUAUGUGUUACAUUCUCGUUGGCCUAUGCAGAUCCCUCGACGACAUCGCCAGGCUCAACUGAGACAAGUACCAAAUCAGAGACCAAGUCCCCAAACUCGUUACCAGCCGCCCCUUCACCAGCUAAAACUCAAUAUUACACCGCGCGUACUCCAACUUAUGUUCAGUUGAUUCAGAAACCACUCUUUACUGCCCAUCAAGGGGCAGGAGUUCCUCAAACUAUGUUGAUCAUUGCCCAACCUGCAUUGCUACCGCAUAAUUUGGUCUAUAAUCAAGCAUCUAAUCAACAUGCGCAGCAAUUGUUGAAUUACUUCCAUAGUAAUCCGUCUGCAAAGUAUCAACUUUUGUAUAACUAUCAACCACAACAAAAUGGCGCCCCACAACAACAUCAACAAUCUGCUGUUGCUCAAGCUCCAGUGUAUUAUACUACCGCUCCUCAUGGUUACCAAAACUAUCAAUAUUUGGCACCACCACAGUAUGCAUACCUUCAACCUCAAACCUUGGGUAUCCCACAUCAAUACUCUCAAUCAUCCCCUAGUUAUCAUUCCCCGCAAUAUCAAAUUCCAGCAUCAACUUACACUCACCUCCAAGCUCAACUUCAACUAACACCAACUCAAAGUCAGUCCCCAAUUGGUUCCCAGCAUCAAUCCGGGACCUCGCAUGCUCCUUUUGUACCCAGUCAACAACUUACACCAUCCCAUGCGCAGACAUUACAUCAGGUGUCAUCGCAACUGCACUCACAGUUCCAACAUCCCACAACGCAUCAUUUACAACAAGUCCAGGUUCAAGGGCAUGUUCCGUCUGCAUCCCAAACACAAGCUCAACCGCAGUACAGUUCGCAUUACUACAGUCAAGGACCUCAAACCUUCACUACUCAAACUCCAAUCAAAACCGCAGCUCCAAUCAUUACUGGUCUUGAAAAUUUCACGCCCGAGCAACAAGCACAGAUUAAAGAACAACUGAGCAGUCAUUUUGGAGGUGUUACACAGAUCAACAGCAAUUCUCUGCAGGCGAAUCAUCCCGAAUACCAGACCAAGUUCCGGAUUGAGGUGCAAUCACCCGAACCUGAUUACACUUCAACGCAAGGCGAAACGCAAAGUUCAACUCAAACAGAGAGUAAUAACCUCAAACCAGAAUCGCGUGAAGAGCAGCAACCCACUAUACAGCAUCAACAUCAUCAGCACCAACCACAUUAUCUGACUCAAUCACAACAAGGGAGUUAUACACCGCCGGUGUACACGUACAGAACACCACAGUACACGAAGGGUUAAUUAUUAUUUAGAACUAAAAUUUGAAAAGUUAAGUAAAGAUAUGCUUUGAUGUGACAUCAGACUUAUCUGACUAUUAACUUUUUGCGUGUUAAAUUCUGGUUUUCAUUUUGAUUUCUAUUUUGUUUUGUUUGUUAAAACAAUGUCAUAUUGUUAGCAAUUGUCAUCAUUAUUAACCAUUGUUACCGUUGUUACGGUUGCAUAACAUAAUGUUAGAUAAGUUUAUAUUAAUGGCUAUGUUAAGCAUUUAUUAAGUUAAUUGUUCUUGUUUAAUGUUGAGCGCGAACCCAAAGAAUUAAUUAGUGUUAGAAUUGUGUAUAAAAAGCAGGCAAAAACAAAAAUUGUACAUAUUGCAUGCACCUUUCAAUGAAUUCGAUUCUUGAUUCUUUAAAUUAGGCGUGAAAUCGUAAAUUUAAUAUAAGUUUAUAACGACAUUUUUUACAAUUAUGUUACGAAUAAGAAAACUAAACACAAAAAA